AUGGCCUCCACGAGCAUCCACGCCCACGCCCAAGCCCACAACCCCGCCGCCCACCUCAACGCCACUUCGACCACAGCCAUGAACAACCUGACGCACCGUCAGAGCCUGCUGCGUCAAUUGGUCCUGUCAUCGCUGCCUCACUCGGCGGUGUCGGCGCUCUUCUUUGCCGAACGGCUGCACGCGCUCGACCCAAGCACCGAACCGAGCGUGUAUCUGUACGCGUUCGUGCUCGCGCACAACCAGCGCCACGACGAGGCGAUAUGGCUCCUGCGACAAGCCGUCACCUUCCACCCACUCGAACACACACCCCAAGUCGAUCCGUUCAACAGCACGAGCAUGCCCACCGCGAUUGCCGGUUACCACGCCUCGAGGAGAUGGCCGGCGCAUAUGCGAUUGACCCGUCCUUCCAUCGAUUGCAGUCUACGUUGUGCGAGGUUGUACGCCUCGACCUGCUCCAAAGUGGAGCGACAUCGCGAGGCACGCGACGUCUUGGCCAAGAUCGUGUCGACGACCCAGCCGCUCGUUCAACCCGAGCCGGCCACUGAAGCCGCCUUACACGCCGCCGUGUCCGCACCGAGUAUAUCCGGCUCCUCAUUCGAUGCGACCUACGUCAUCGAUCUCGAGAUGGCCAGACUGGCGAGGCAAUCGGGGGAACACGAGAGGGCGAUUCAGUCGUACCGCAAGGCACUCGACAAGCAUCCGUGGUGCUGGGAAGCGCUCGAAGGGCUCUGCGCCGAAGGAGCACCACCAGACCCGGACGUCCUGUACCCACCUCGACCGACCCGAACCGUUCGAUCAGCCCCAACUUCGAUCCCCAUCUCCCCCAUGCUGAGCUCGAGUGGGAAUAACAACGGCCCCGCCCAGCCGUCUCGGCCCCCUCUCUCGGCCCAUCCAAGUCACCCGGCUCCGCUCGGUCCUAGUCAAUCUUCGACCAUCAACUCGGCUUUCACCUUCAACAACGCCGCGGCCAACAAAGCCACCUCAUCGGGUGGAUUCUUCACACCAGGGGAUGCGGCUGUUUCUCAGGUUGGGGGUGGUGCAGGCGCCAAGGGCAAAGACGCUAAACCGGAACGAGGGGGCUUGUUUGGAUUCGGACCCGGUGUGGCGGCAAUGUCGAGUAUUUGGAGGAAGGGGAGGGCUCAAAUGGCUGCUGAUAUCUCGGAAACAAGUAUGGAGGAUAGGUGAAUAAUAGACGGCCCGUCGUGUCGUGGCUCUGCCGAACGGGGACUGACUCUUGUCACUUUGCCCUUUUUCAGCUCUUUCGACACGUCGUUCUACCCACAACCCUUCAACCUACAAAACAACGCCCACGCACAUGCCUCGUCUUCCAACUCGCUCUUUACGCCACCCACGGUAGUCAGCAUUGCCUCGAACACCGUCGCACCCGGCGUCAAGCGGACUCGCGGAGGCGCUCAGGCCCAAACACUGAAUGCAGCGCCCACAGCUCUGACGACCCCCAACAAUGGCGGAGACGAGGACAUGCGCUCCGCCGCUCUGACGAAUGCCGCUCCAUCGAAACGCGUUGCAAGAGGAGCUCUCUCGAAUCCAACUAUCGCAGCCGAAACGGGCUCCAAACAUCGACGCGACGGUUCGACCGGAGCCAGCGCAGCACCUGCAACGCGUCGCUCAUCUCGCCUCUCUCGCGAUCAAGGUUCUUCGAAUGGUAUCACAGGAGGUGGAUCAGUCAGCAUGGCCUUGACUCGAUCUCAAUUGAGUGCGAAUGGUGGAGGGGCGGCGACGACACGCAGUGCAGCAGCGAGGGAUAAGAAACGGAGUAAAGCUGGGGCGGGACCGUCGGUCCUUUCCGACGCGGGAUCAGAAGCCCUCUCCCCUCCUUCGAUAACGUCUUCUUCCCCGGCUCCCUCAUCACCUGGUGCUACGAUGCAUCCGCCGCCGACUUCGACAUCAGUGCAACCAGCCUCGAUCCUCGAUGCGGCAACGCAAGAAGCCGAGGAUUACGUCGCCCAUCUCGUGAGGUGUUUCGCCACUGCGGCGACGAACGCGGCCAAAUUUGAAAGCGCCAAGACGAUCGAGGCGUUGUUGUUGUUACCUGUGGAGCAGCAGAGGACAUGGCGGUGUUUGGUCGGGAUUGCCAAAGCGCAUUUGGAGUUGUUGAAUUAUGAAAAGGUGCGUUUUAUGGUCACACUCAGCAGGGGGUUUCCGGAAUCUGACUUGGAGACCACGACAAUGCGCACAGGCUGAAAAGGCAUUCUCGCAAGCGCGUCAAGUUGCGCCUCAUCUACUCGAUUCAAUGGAGCUCUACUCGACUCUCUUGUGGCAUCUCCGCCUCUCGACCUCCCUUUCUUUCCUCGCGCAAGAUCUGAUGCUCAUCGCCCCUCGAUCCUCCGUCGCCUGGAUCGCCUCGGGGAACGUUUUCUCCCAUCUCGAAGACCACGGCUCGGCCUUACAAUGCUUCAAACGCGCCGCCCAACUCGAUUCCAACUGCGUCUACGCCUAUACUCUAUCAGGUCACGAAUGCGUCAUGCUCGAAGAAUGGGAGACGGCGCUCGUCUUUUUCAGGGAUGCCGUUCGUCGUGAUCGACGACACUACAAUGCCUGGUUCGGAUUGGGGAACGUCUACUUGCAAACGGGCAAAUACCGUUUAGCCGAAUACCACUUCCGUCACGCGAUGGCCAUCAACCCUACGAACGCGACCUUGUUGGCCUGCGUCGGUUCCGUCUUGGAAAAGUUAGGCAGGAGGAAAGACGCCUUGGAGAUUUACGAAAAAGCCUGUCUGCUGGCCCCCGAAUCCGCGGCCGUUCGAUUCAAACGCGUGCGAAUCCUCCUCCAUUUCAAACGCUACGAAGAAGCCGAAGCCGAUCUCUUGACGCUCAAGAACCGUGCGCCGAACGAGUUCAACGUACAUUUCUUGUUGGGAAAGUUGUACAAGGUGUUGGGGAGGAAGAGUGAGAUGUUGAAGCAUUUCGGGAUGGCGCAGGAUUUGGAACCGAGGACGGCCAGUUUGAUUCGGGAACAGGUGGAGAAAACUUCGGCGACCGGGGGUCGGGAGAGGGGUAUGGAGGUGGAUGAGGCUUAG